CAGACGGUGAGUCAGUCUGUGUGUGCCUCGUGUGGUGGGAGUAUUUCUGCGUCCAUGUGCGCUUCUCUGAGGUUUAUUUGUGGUUUACGUGAAGGAAUUUUGUAACCCACGAUGUCAGCUACGAGGAUGGUUGCUAAGGGUGGUGUUGCUAAGAAGAAGAAGGAUUCCAUUUCCAUAGAACUGAAGAAAAAGAUAAUAGAAAAACACGAGGUUGGUGGUCUACGAGUGAGAGAUAUCGCCAAGUUAUACGGCCGUCCGUCCUCUACGAUCAGCACUAUCCUGAAGAAGAAGGAAGAAAUUAAGAAGCUUGAUGUGGCUAAAGGAAUUACCGUGAUUACCAAGAAACGUCCUAAGCUCCUGGAAAAUGUUGAGAAGCUGCUGUUGGUGUGGAUCAACAAAAAACAGUCAAAAGGCGACACUGUGUCUGAAGGGAUUACGUGUGCCAAGGCAAAGGCGCUGUAUAUGGACCUUGUCAGGAAGACCCCAGGCGCAUCGUCUGAAAAUCAGGCAUUUAAGGCAAGCCGGGGAUGGUUCGAGAAUUUUAAAAAGAGAACUGGCAUACACGGUGUAGUGCGAUCCGAGGAGGCUGCGAGCAAUAAUACAGCUGCUGCACAGACAUCUGUGUCCGAAUUCCAAACAUUCAUUACUAGUGAGGGGUUCAUACCCCAGCAAGUUUUUAACUGUAAUGAGACAGGUCUUUUUUGGAAAAGAAUGCCUAAGAGGACCUACAUCACGACUGAGGAAAAAUCUCUGCCUGGCCACAAGCCCAUGAAGGACAGGCUUACCCUCUUGCUUUGCGCCAAUGCGAGUGGUGAUAACAAGAUGAAGCCGUUGCUGGUGUACCACUCCGAGAAUCCACAAGUUUUCAAGAGGUUUAAGGUCCAGAGGAAGCAACUGAGCGUGAUGUGGAGGGCCAAUAGCAAAGCCUGGGUCACACGACAAUUUUUCACUGAGUGGAUCAAUGAAGUUUUCGGGCCCUCAGUGAAGAAAUAUCUUCACGAGAAGAAUUUGCCACUCAAGGCCUUGCUUGUGUUAGAUAAUGCUCCUGCACAUCCUCCAGGGCUCGAAGAUGAUUUGUUGGAGGAAUUUCAAUUCAUCAAGGUCAAGUUUCUUCCUCCCAACACAACUCCAAUCCUCCAACCCAUGAACCAACAAGUCAUUGGCAACUUUAAGAAGCUGUAUACCAAGGCCUUGUUUCAAAAGUGUGUUGAAGUGACCGAAUAUACAAGCCUGACUCUCAGAGAAUUCUGGAAGGUCCACUUUAAUAUCCUAAAUUGUAUAAAUCUAAUUGAUAAGGCCUGGGAUGGUGUCACAGUGAGGACCCUGAAUACUGCAUGGCAAAAAUUGUGGCCCGAGUGUGUCCCUCACCGAGACUUUGAAGGUUUCCGCCCUGAACCGGUGGAGGCGACAGAGCAGCUCGUCGAUGAAAUUGUCUCUCUGGGGCACACUUUGGGUCUGGAGAUGGAUGGUGCUGAUGUGGAGGAGUUAGUGGAGGAGCACAGCCAAGAACUUACGACUGAUGAACUUCUGGAGCUUCACAAGGAGCAGCAGCAGAAGGUGGUGGAAGAACUUUCGUCAGGGGAGGUGGAGGUAGGGGAGGGUGUCCUCCAUUCCAGUGAGAUUAAGAAAAUGUUGAGAAUGUGGGAAGAAGUGAAAAGUUUCAUUGAAAAACAUCACCCUGAUAAAGCAAUGUCUGGGCGGUGCAUGAACUUUUUUAAUGACAAUGUUAUGUCUCAUUUUAGGAACAUCCUAAAACGAAGACAGAAGCAAGUGUCAUCAGAUAAGUUCAUGAUGAGGCGACCUAAAAGAGAGUUAAGUGAUCAUGAACUACAACCUGGUCCCAGUAAGGUAAAAUUCCCAAGAAGAGAGCGCCUUCCUGAAUCAGAAGGAUGGUAUUCCCCAGGGUAACCCCUCCCUCCUCCUCCUCCCCAUCGUCUCCCUCAAGCCAGCCACGACUCUUCAUCAAGAUAGAGUGUUUCAAUAGACGAGCUACGUUAUGGACGGAAUUCAAUUUGUAACUCAAGACCUGACUGUGUUUGGAAGAUUCGCAGGUUCCAAUACAACAGCAAGAAAGUGUACCUGCUGUGUGGAUGGUUGGGAUGGAAUGGAUCACCCACUCCUCGUCGGGGGCCUCCUGGGAGCGGACGGCUUUAUUGAGCUGCGCGGUGGACUGGUAGGGCGGCUAGAGUGUGUUGCUCCGCCCUCCUCUGGUCCACAACUCACGAACAACCACCACUGCACGGGAGCGGUAAAGUUCCACCACCAGAAACUUCACGCUUCUGCAGACAAAUUAUAGGCUUGAGGUCACCAGACAAGACAUUUGAGCACAAGAACACACUGCUACACUGGAACUCCCUGCCUGCUUCUGUUUCCUUCAUCCUGUGACCACUGAACUCAUUGAGGAGGGAGGUUUCAAGACAUUUAUCCCAUUCUUAUGGCUAACUCUUUAGGACCUGCUCGAGAACUGGCAUGUAAGUGGGCCUACACAUGGCUGUCCUUGUAUGAACCAUGCUUCUGUAUUUUCCAUCUGUCACCUUCAUUCAUACAAUUGUCAAAUAUUUUAAAGCUCCCUAAUGAUUAACAAUGAGUCUAAAGAGGUGGGAAUUAUUUUAUUAUUAUUUUUUUUUUGUUAUUAUUAUUAUUUACAGUGGUGCCUUGUUAUACGAGUUUAAUUCGUUCCAUGACGGAGCUAGUAUCUCAAAAUGCUUGUAUCUCAAAACAAUUCUCGCCAUUGAAAUGCCAUUAAUCUGUUCCAGCCUCCCGAAAAGACCACAUCGGCACAUCCCCAACCAUGACUCGUAUCAAAAAUGUACCUCAUCUAAAAACCACCAUUGUAUUCAUUUUUCAAAUUACUUAAUUUAUUUACUUUAUUUAUUUGUUAAUUUAUUUGUGUGUGUGUGUGUGUGUUUGUAAUGACAACAAUAACCACUGAGCAAAAAGACCCACAUACAAAAAGGGCAACUGAAUUUAACUUAUAUUGCUGUAUAAUAAUAAAAAAAAUAAAGAACA